AGAGAGAGGAGAAGGCAAGCUCACCAUUGAAGAAGGAUGGAGCUUAAUUUACUCCACUUGUUCAUCAUCUCCAUAGCUCUCAUCCUCAUCACCAAACGGUAUCUCCAAAUCCACUUUUCCAAACCCCUGGCUCUCCCCAUCCUCGGCCACCUUCACCUUCUCCAAUCCCCCAUCCACCAAUCCCUCACCAAGCUCUCCCAAAACCACGGCCAUGUCCUUCACCUUCUCUUCGGCUCCCGCCCAGUCCUCCUCAUCUCCUCCCCCUCCGCAACCAAACAAUGUUUCACCAACAACGACACCAUCUUCGCCAACCGCCCUCUCAUGCUCGCCGGCAAGCACUUUGGCUAUAACCACACCGCCGUUGUAUUCUCCCCUUACAACCAACGAUGGAGAGAACUCCGACGUUUCAUGGCUCUUCAUGCUCUAUCUCCUUCUCGUUUCCCAUCCUUCUCCUCCGACCUCCACUCUCUUAUCCUCAAACUGUACUCCGGCGCCGGUGAGGGGUGCAAAUACUUUAAGAAAGUGGAAGUCAGGGAUAUACUGUUUGAGUUGAUGAUGAAUGUGAUAUCAGGGUUAAUAGCUGAAAAGAAGUAUAAUGGAGAGGGAUGUGGAGUUCCAGAGGAAGGGAGGAAGUUUAGAAAGGUGGUGGAGGAGGCGUUCUUGUUGAGUGGGGCUUCAACGAUGGCGGACUUCAUCCCUGUUGUGAGGUGGAUGGGAAUUGGUGGAGCUGAGAAAAGGAUGAAGAAAGUGGGGAAGGAGUUGGAUGAGUUUUAUCAAAAGAUUAUAGAGGAUAGGAGAAGAGUGGGAAGGUGGAAAGAGUAUGCUGAUGGUGGUGAUCAAGAGAAGAAGAGUAAUAUUAUUGAUGUCAUGCUUGCCAUGCAAGAGAAAGACAAGGAUAAUUACUCUGAUGUUGCCAUCAAAGGAGUGAUGACGUCAAUGCUAGCAGCUGGGACUGAGACAACAGCAGGGACAAUGGAGUGGACAAUGGCCCUUCUUCUCAACCAUCCAAAUGCACUAAAGAAAGCCAAAGCUGAGAUCAAAGAACAAGUAGGACACAAUCAUUUGAUUAAUGACUCAGAUAUCUCUAAGCUUCACUACCUCAACAAUGUUAUCAAAGAAACCCUAAGACUUUUCCCAGCAGGACCUUUACUAGUCCCACAUGAAUCAUCAGAGGAUUGCACUGUAUCAGGGGUACACAUUCCAAAAGGAACCAUGCUCUUAGUCAAUAUUUAUGCCAUGCAAAGAGGCAAUCAACUUUGGGACAAUCCGUUGGAGUUCAAGCCUGAAAGAUUUGACAGUGAUGAACUUGUUCAUGGAGAUGAAGGUUAUAAGUACAUACCAUUUGGAAUUGGGAGAAGGAGGUGUCCUGGAGAAAGCUUGGCUUGGAAAGUCAUGUUAUUGACUCUUGGUGCUUUGAUUCAGUGCUUUGAGUGGGAGAGAGUGGGAAAAGAGUUGGUGGAUUUGAGUGAAGGCACGGGAAUUACCAUCCCCAUGGCUAAACCGUUGCAAGCAAUGUAUAAGCCUUGCAUCGACAUGCAUGCUGUUCUUUCUCAACUCUAAUUCUUAAUAUAUAUAUAUAUAUUUGUAUAUGUAUAUUUAUAUGCAUAUUUAUAUUAUUAGUGCAUGCCUUUGUAGUUUGUACUAUGUUUGCAUGUAAAGGAUUUUAUGAUGUCACAUCUAGUU